AUGAGAAAACAGAAAAAGCACAGUGUAGAAAAGAAUCGUCAAAGAUAGAGGAUACGAAUUUUGAGAUGUCACAAAUGUUGAGUGCAUUCCUGUCGACUCGUGAGAAUGGGCUUCUCUUCAGUUUAAUAAGACAUGACUGCAGUGUUUUAGCAUGUGGUAUUGUCCAGCUGGUAAUGGCAGCCCCUCCACAGAAAAAGGAAUGGAAAAGUCUCAGUUCUGGAGUACUCUGUCUGGUGCAAGAUAAAUCUGUGCACUCAACAUUCAUGAGAUCCUACAGUCUUAAGAAAGCCAAGCUGCAAUGGGAACAGGAGCUGUAUACACCAUUUGAAUACACAGAAACUUGUCCUUAUUUCCAUACCUUCCCUGGUGAUGAGUGUCAGAUAGGAAUAAACUUUGCGGAUGAAGAUGAGGCCAAGCAGUUCUACAUUGCUGUGCAGAAGCAGAUCAGUGAUAACAAAGCAUCUUCGGGACUUACACGCAGAUACAGUGUGGGCAGUGUUUCUGACUGGAAAGAAAAACUGGACAGUUGUCUUAGAGGAAAUGAACUGCACAAGAGGCUUUCACUCAGAAGUUCACCCAGAGUUCCACAGCAUCUUGAUUCAGACGCAGCACUUCCAGAGAGCAAACCCACAGUUGCUAGCACAAAGUCCAUCCAAUCACAUGACUCCCCAAAGACUCUGUCUGGUGUUAAUGAAGAGUCUGUGUUGCUCGCCCAGAGGAAAGGGCCACUACCACCUAUUCCCAUUCAUGCCAGGAUAGCCAAGUUGAAGUUGAAUUGCAAUGUUAGUGAGCAAAACUUUGACUCCACUAUUCCCGUUCCAUCAUGGGUGCCAUCCCCUCCAUUUUACCAGGCCCCUGCAGUCCCUCCAAGUUCAGUUAUUAAAGAUCCCUACUCUGCUGGAAUGAAGCACAGUUUUCAUUAUAAUGCUGGCAUCAAGGAGGAAACUGGCUAUGAUGACUGCCUUUAAAACCACCAUCAUCUCCAUUGUUUAGGACUUUAUGACUCCGCAACGGUGGGAUGUGGGCCACACAAGCACUUAGACAUGGAAAAUAUCUUUAUUAAUUAUACAUUUCUGCAGAACAACUAUAGUUUAAGAAUGAUUAACGUUGUAAUCAAAACUAAUAAAAACAACAGUGGCUCAUAACAGUUUAUGAAACAAGAUAUAUCCAACCAUAAUAUGCUUAAUCUCUUCUCUGAAUUAAUUUCACUUGUUCUAAAUUCUUACAAACGAGUGUCCAAAUACAUUGUCUUAAUUUUGAACUGUAUCUACUGUUUUAAAAUUUGAACAAAUUAUUUUUUGUGAAACUUUUUGCUUGAAAGUGUACUUAAUGUUGUAAAUGGAUUAUCUUCCUAAAAAUGAAAAAUCUGGGAUUAUUUACACUGCCAUUCCAAAACUGCAUGAUUUAUUUUCUUUUAUGGAACAUAAAUGGUGUUCCGGUGUUUGGUCCCAACAUAUAUUUUGUUCUCUGCAGAAACCGUUUUGGAUUAGAACAACAUGAGGAGUAAAUGACUGAAUUGUUUUUUUUUUUUGGGUGGAGUAUUCCUUUAAAAAUAAAAUGACAGUUGAUUUUCUA